AUCAAAGUAUUUUAUAGAGAGCCUCCUUCCAUAUGAAACUAAAAUUUCCGAAGCGAAAUUGACAUAACGUCUGAUACAAAAAAAACGACACAUUUUAUCAAAACGGUUUUUAUCUGUAAAAUGAGAAUCGCAUCGUGUCUCGGUUGUACGCCAUACAGCUGGCCCUGCCCGAGGUUGAUGGGUUUUUCCGCCCCUACUCCGCUCUCUGCCUUAGGAAUUAUACCGCCAGAGAUAUUGUUAAAUAGCCAUCUUUGUCGCGCAUGCGCAUCGCAUGCGAGCGCGAUCCCAGGUCUGUAUCUAGUUGAGUAGAAAAAGAGGGUGUCGUUCGAUCCGCUCUCUUUUCCGACGAUUGUUGGAAAUUAUUUAAUUAUCGUGAUUACUAAAGAGCUUUAAAAAAGAUCGAUAAACAUUAUGACGCAAUGUGACAGAACGCGAAAAAAAAGAUACAACCAUUUCUCGCCGUUUAUUAUUAUCCGGAAAAAUUGUUCACUUUUAUCGGAAUCGUAUACGUCACUGCACGUCGCUUGUCGCGCAUGCGCGAGAAACGUCUGUCUGACAACAUUGAGUCGCUCUCUCUACAGUCCAUCAGUUCGUUCUGAGAUGUUCCGAGAUACGGAACGAUAGGUAGCGUGCGUUGACAAUUCGUGCGCGGUCAGGAAAAUUGCUCGUGUACGAUACGAUAACGGAGCGAGAGCUUUCUCCCGUCUGUUGGCGACUGAAGAUCAACGUGGAAUCUCCAGUAGGUAGUGCACGAAACGGAGAUUACAUCGAAGAGAGCCUAGUCGACAACACGCGAGCGAUGCGGAGCGAAAGUGGACGGAGAUAGACGACGGACAAGACCAAAGUGCGAGCACAGCUGUUUCGAGGAGAAGGGGAUAUAUAUAUAUAUCUCUCUCUCUCUCUCUCUCGGGCGGCCGAAUAUACGCGGAAGAGAACGUCGGGGACGUCGAGUAAGGAUCGAUCGAGGGGUGAUAUCACGCGCGAUAAAAAAAAAAACAAACGAAAAAGCCGCGAAAAGCUGAGGUCUAUAUUCGAGCGAUUGAAAGUCGCGGUAUCGCAGCUUUCUUAUUUCGCGAUUAGACUGUGUCGCCAAUCUAGGGCAAAUAUCCAGGUGAAAUAAGAGAAGGGGAAGAGAGUCCAGUAGACGAUUUCUCGCGCGAGCUCUCUCUCCCUCUAAAAAAAUUUAUAAGCGGUAUCGUUUUCGAGUCCUCCGAAAAUGUGGCGUCCCACCCACGAGGGCAGAAGCACCCAGAUGGAGGAACGUGUUACAGCGGACGAGAAGAAGCGGUGGCGUUCCGACGACCACGACGACGAGGAGGGCAACGUGGAUUCCGGAUUCCUGUCGAGCGGCAAUCUACAGUUCAGCGGCGAGAUUCGCGACUCGGGGUUACAGCAACAGGGGGGGCAACCCGGCGAGGAGGGGGAGGGGGAGCAGCGAGCGGCGCCGACUCCCGCGCCAGCGGUCGUGACGACGACCGCAUCAUCAUCAACAUCAUCGACGACGACGAUCGCGGAGGAGCCAAUGAGGGCGAUCGACAGCGGCGUGGACCUCGACCUCACCGACACUCUGAGCCAGCUGAGCCUCAAGCAGGUCAGCCUGAAUGCGCUCGCCUCCAAGAACGGCAAAUUCAUUCAGGCCGAGUCGGCCAGUCCCGAGCUGUCACCCGUGACCGCGAACCUUACGCAACCGGACGACAGCAGCGAACAGCAACACGAUGAAGCAUCGCUGUUGGAGCAACACCAGCGGGACAGCGAUGAGAGGGAGACGAGCAACGAGGAACCCUGGCAGCUCUACUAUACGCAGGACGACGAUGGUGACACGCAAUUGCAUAUCGCGAUCGUGCAAGGCUUUGUGGAAGCUGCACUCUGUUUAAUAAGAAUGGCGCCUGACCCGUGCCUAUUGGACACUAUGAACGACGACUGGCAAUCGCCCCUACAUUUGGCAGUGUUGACACAUCAACCACUGAUCGUCAGGCAUCUAAUCCUAGCAGGCGCGGAUCCAUCUCUGAGGAAUUUCCGCGGAAACACAGCCCUACACCUGGCUUGUGCGAGCGGAGAUCUCGCUUGCGCUAAAGCUCUCACGGAUUCAUUGUACCCGAUGGAGAGGAAUAAGCUGACGCUUGGACAGCAAGUACCCGCCUUACCACAAAAUUUGGAGCAACGUAACUACAACGGUGAGAUGUGCUUGCACGUGGCUGCCGCAAACGGACACGUGGAUCUGGUGCGACUUCUGUUGCGUCUAGGCGCCGAUCUCAAGGCGAAGGAGGGUCUGGCGGGAUACACGGCCCUUCAUCUCGCGGUGGAGCGCGAAUGUCGGCCGGUGUUUGAGCUCCUACUGCCAGAGUGUCAACGAACGUUGUGUCUGGACGAGCGAACGUAUCGCGGCACGACUGCCUAUCAGUUGACCCUGGACAUUCACAGUGCGUUCGCCAAGGAGGCUCGCAGGAAGCUGGUACGAUACGGCGCGGCACCGGAACCGCUGCCAGAAUCGGACUCCGAGAGCAGCGAGGACGAGGAAACGGAAAGGUCAUUGUGGACGGCGGAUUAUUUGCCCGCGAUCGUCAAGACGCAAAACACGGUCGGAGUGACAGUCUAAACUAUUCAUCGGUCAGUAAUCUAUUCAUUAAUUCAUUGAACGUUUUGGGUGCUGCACAAAGUCGGAUGAAAAGAAGAUAGAAAGAGUGCAUGCUGCGCAUACGCACCAAGAUGUCUCGAAUCGCGUCUGCGAAAUCAUUUUAGUUUAUUAGUCGAAUUAAGAUGGACACAAUUACAGUGAAUAAAAUUUGUUACAUAGAAAGAUUAUAAAAGUACGUCGCGUCUCUCUAUCUUCCACAUUUACAUAUAAAUUAGCAUGCAUAAAGUUGUAUCUUGAGUUUCAAUGAGUUCACGAAAUUAACGGACGAAUUUAAGUGAAUAAUUGCCAUCUGGAAUUUGUAGCUUAAGUUUUGACGCGCUGGACGACGUCAUCUUAAAUAUUAAAAACGUUAAGACAAAUAAUUAAAAUAAAAAUUGAUAGAUAAGGAAAUAAAAAUUUGACAUGGUAAUGCUUUUAAUGCAUAUAAUGCACAAAUAAACUCAGUGUCUAUGUUUGAAGCGCAUCCCUAUAACGUCUUAAUCUGCUGGAUGGAUUAAGAUUUAUAACGAAAAGUAGAAGGAUUGUCAGUUAAAAAAAUAGCAAGUGGAACGAAAUUAGCUUCAAUGUGUGUUACAUAACGUAUAUAAUGCGUGAUCAUAGAAAUGUCUUGAGUCGACAAGUAUUACUACUAUAGACUAUGUACGCUUUUUAAGUCGAUAUCGGCAGCAAUAUAUGCAAGUUGAGGGAUGAACGAGUAACGUUCGAAAUCGAAGAUCUCAGAAACGAACUUAUACGCGACCACUAACGAAUAUCCGAUUACGAACGAAGCGACAAUACGUAAGCGCGAGCUGUCCCAGCGGUCGUUCGCUUUUCCCCUUACAGUAAUCCUUCGCAAGCCAAUAGGCAUGCAGCAGUGUUCCCAGUGUUGUACAGAGUGUUCCAAGAAAAGCUGUACAAA